UUAUACUGAAUGAACCAAGCACGCCAUGGGAAAAAUCACAAAUUUUUGAAGCAGUGACUCGUGGUGCUGGUUUCGAAGCUAUCUUCGAAGAUCCUCGCGCUCCUACAAAUUUUAAAACUGCAGUAGCAAAAUGUCUAGCUCAAACCGCUCUGAUAAUGAACAAUGAAAUAAGCAGCUUUUUUCGCUGGAUAUUUGAAAGGUUGCAGGCUUCAGAUAGUAGUUCUAAGGAAAAAGAGAAAGAACGCAAGCUUUGGUUAUUGACUUCUUUACGAGAGGUUUUUGUACGUAACCAACUUGCUUCAAGUUCUCAAACUGUAUCAAAUUCUGGACCUUUUCAACAGUUCAUUCCUAAUGUUCUUCAUGAUUUGGAAAGUUUGCUAGACUCAAUGGAUAGUUCAGAUUGCUUUCCUGGAAUAUUAGAGGUGUUAGAAAAAAUAGCAGAGCGAUAUCCUACUGAAUUUGGUGAACGGUUUCAGGAUAUAAUUGAUCUAUUGGUGGGAUGGUAUAUAGAUGUGUCAGUCUCGGAUACGCUUCAUUCUCUUAUAUCAGAUACUUUCAAAAGACUACGCUCUUUUUGGUCAAAAAACUUGAAUUUUGCUUAUGAGUUAUUGAGCCACUUUCUAGCAGACAUGGAGGUGCUUUCAGGUGUGACAGUAUCUCAAGAAGGACCUCAGAUCGAUGAUAGAACCAAAAGCGAGGGUGAAACUAUGCCAACUAUUGCUGAUGCAGUUGGCUCAAUUUUGCAUCAAACUUCUUCGGUGGAUGUUAACAAUGCGAUUGACACAGAAAAUGCGCAUCCCUUUGAUCAACUGCGAGCCUGGAUCAUUAAGUUCAUAUUUGUUAUAGCCGAAUUAUAUAUGGAUACUGGAUGGUUUGAAAAGGGGAGCCAAAUAAUUUUGACUAUGAGCUCUACGAGAAAGACAUCAUUUGUACAGCAUCAAGUUCAGUCGGCCAAAUUUUUGUUGCUACAGGUUCAAAAUGGUCUUCAAAAAGAAUCGAUUGAUUUUGUAGUAGAUGAUUGGUUUGACUGUUUCCUUCAGAUUCUCUCUCAAUGGACUCCUCAUAUUCAUCCUGAUGUCAUAAUCAUAUUGGCAGAUCCAAAUUCUUCACUAAUGAAACUUCGCUUAUAUCACCCGUAUUUCGCACGGCUGCAUUCGGACAUUUUAGACAUGUUCCGUAUACUUCUUAAGAAUCAAGAUCAUAACUCUAUUUCAUCAGAAGAUAAAAUAUUUCUUAUUCGACAGAUUACUAUUGAAAUUAGUCAAAUGAUAUCUUUCAUACUUUCUUUAAAUAAUCCAAAAAUUGACAUGCAAUCACCAUUAAAACAUAACGUAAUGAUUAAUACUAUUUAUGAAGAACAUACGUCUGAUCUCUUUCCUGAAGGCUUGCAGUCUCUUUUUAAUGUCACUAAUUUGCCCACAAGUACACAUAUAUUGAAUGAUAGAAUAGCAACUUUUGUAAUUGUUUUUGAUAUUGAGCUCAUUAUACAACUUGCGCCUGUAUUGGGGCAUGCUAGAGAAAUCUUUUGGAUUUUUUACUUUAUACUUAACAAACUCAGGGAAUGUGGUUAUUUUGACGGUAUAUUAAUGUGUUCUUUGAUGAAUGCUCUUAGACAUGCAUGUAAAAGUCAUAAUAAUCUGUCUCCAAAAUUAUCUAGCAAGCGUUAUUUUAUACCGGAAGUAGAAGAGAAGCAUCAACCUGAAUCUGCAUUUCAUACAAUGAUUUUUCUCAUUAAUGCACUAUUGCAGAAUCAGCUUGAAUUAUCUUUCAAUGUUUUUACAUUAAUUAUUGAAUGGGUUAGAGAUGUUUUGGAAUUUUGCAAUACUCAUGAAUUUACGUCAACUGAUACAAAAGAUCAUAUUCGUCAAGAACUUGAGUGCAUUAUUUGCACUCUGAUUGCUGUGUCUAGAUCUGUCAAAAAUAAUAACAUCCGUAUACAAAUACCUAAAGUUAUACAUGAUUAUUUUGAUGUUUUUGGAUCGCUAAACAUUAGUCAAAAGUCCUUUUCUAAGAUUAUCCAAAGGAUUAAUGACGUAGACCUUAGAGUACAAUCUGGGUAUUCCAAGUUGAUUUAUAGAAUAAAUCCUUUUUUUGCAACUUUUUUGCAUGACGAUUUAGAGGAUCAAUUAGUGAUGAAAUUCAAAGCAAAUGUGUGCAUGGCACCGAAUUUAGGCAAUUUCAGAUCACCUCAUUUCCAAAUCGUAAUGAACCAUUUGGGAAUGAAAGAGUUAUUAACCGGACAAGAUGAAAUUGACAACGUUGCAUAUGAUCCAAGCGAGAAAGGACAAUGGCGCCUGCGAUUGUUCCUUUCGUGCCAAUCUAAUGAUUUAUUCAAUAUACAAGAUGUUAUAGAAGAUUACAAUCUCAAAUAUGUCUAUUCACAAGAUGAAAUUGUUUAUGCUGUUGUAAAUUCCAACGACUUGCUUACAUUUUGGACACUUUGGGAGGUUGCUCGUUAUUGCGUACUUUCAAGGUUACGGACACCAUUCGGAGGACCAAAGCAGACAUUUGAUGCUUUUGAAAAGAGAUUAAAUGAAUUACUGGCAGAUGACCUUUUGAUUUCUAUAAAAAAUGAAUUGGAUGAUGAUAAUUUACAUUAUAG